UUUACAAUUCCAACUUUCAUUUCAUUCAUUGUCGUGUGUUUUUGACCGGAGCCGGACAUAUUUAUUUUAGUUUUAUUAAAAAUAUUUACUUCCGGUUCUAUCCUAGGUGGUGCUGCUGCCGUACGUCAUUUCCAAAUUCCUCCAAUCCUACACGCUCCUUCACGUAUACGACCUCGUUUCGAUCACCAUCAAAUUCCCAAAACACAGGUCAAUGGCAGCUUCUGCAGACUCAUGGGUGAAGGAAUACAAUGAAGCAGUAAAACUUGCCGAUGAUAUCAAUGGCAUGAUUUCUGAACGUAGUUCAUUGCCUGCAACAGGACCAGAUGCUCAGCGUCAUGCAUCUUCUAUACGGAGGAAGAUCACAAUAUUAGGGACUAGACUUGAUAGCUUACAGUCCCUUUUGUCAAAGAUUCCUGGAAAGCAGCCCAUAACGGAGAAAGAGAUGAAUCGUCGCAAGGACAAUCUUGCAAAUUUGAGAUCAAAAGUUAACCAGAUGGCUUCAACAUUAAACAUGUCAAAUUUUGCUAACAGAGACAGCUUGAUUGGCCCAGAAAUAAAGCCAGCUGAUGCUGUGAGCAGAACAGUUGGCUUGGACAACUCUGGCCUUGUCGGGCUUCAACGACAAGUUAUGAAAGAGCAAGAUGAGGAUCUUGAGAAGUUGGAGGUGACUGUAGUAAGUACAAAACAUAUUGCAUUGGCAGUCAACGAAGAACUUGACCUUCACACUAGGCUGAUUGAUGACUUGGACCAACAUGUGGAUGUUACAGACUCCAGGUUACGGCGGGUGCAAAAGAAUUUGGCUAUUUUGAACAAGCGCACCAAAGGUGGCUGCUCUUGCAUGUGCCUGCUUUUGUCAGUUAUUGGGAUCGUGGUUCUGGUUGCUGUCAUAUACUUAUUGAUCAAAUAUUUGUAAUAACAACAAUGGCAAACACUGCUUUCUUUUUGUAUUAUGUGGUUCUUGGUGUGAAUUGGCUUUUGUUGCUCCUGUCAUGGUUGUUAACAAUAUUUGGCUUCCGUGUUUUCCUUUGGUGAUUUUUUGUUUGCGAAAUGCAAUUGGUGAGGUGUCAAGAUGCUUUUGUAAAUCGCAUUUGUAAUCGGCCUAUUUGUAUAUUUAUCUUUUCUUGCCUAUUUUGCACAAUGAGGAAAGAAAGAAGCAUUUAUCAUGCUACUAUAUCCAUUGGCGAAGUAAGUGUUGU